AUGAUUACACCAAGAUUCAAUAUAACACAAGAUGAGGAAUAUAUAUUUCUCAAAAUAUUCAUAAGUAAUAUUAGGUUCAAUGCGAUGGGUUUAGAGAUAGUCAUCCAAGAAAAUAUGAUCAUAUUUCACCUAUCCCCGUACUAUUUAAGACUGAGAUUCCCUCACGAACUAGUUGAUGAUGAGAGGUCCACGGCGCAAUACGAUUCCAAAGAUGAAUGCAUCAACGUAAAAAUAGGUAAAUUGAAUAAAAAUGAGUAUUUCGAAGAUUUGGAUUUACCGACGAAGUUGUUGGCCAGGCAAGGCGAUCUUGCAGGUGCUGAUGCAUUAACAGAAAAUAUUGAUGCCAAAAAAGCCCAGAAACCCCUUAUUCAAGAGGUCGAGGUCGAUGGCGCGUCGAAUAGCUUUAAGGAAGAUGUGAAGACUAUUGGUCAAAUGGGGGAAGGUUUUAAUUGGGAGAUAGAGCAAAAAAUGGAUUCCAUCAUAAAUAAUGGAAUACUUAAAACAAAAUAUGGGUUUGAUAACUUAUAUGACACAUUCAUAUCUGUGUCGGUGAGCAACGGGAAUGAUAUCAAUGAACUAGACGAUCCUGAACACACAGAGGCUAACAAUAGAGUUAUUGAAAGGUUAAGGAAAGAAAAUUUAAAGUUCGAUCCUGAAUAUUAUAUUUCCGAAUAUAUGACACACAAAUACGGUAACGAGGAAGACUUGGAAAUCAACGGCAUCAAAGAACUACUCAAGUUUACGCCUUCAAUCGUGAAGCAAUACCUACAAUGGUAUAAAGAUAGUGCGAACCCAAAUCUUGUCAUGCCAGUUGAGUUUACUGAGAGGGAACAAAAGCAGAUGCAGGACCAUCUACCCAAAAAGUCUUAUCUUGUAGAAGACAUUAAACCACUCUAUGUCACCAUACUCAGCGUUCUUUUCAGCUACAUGUUUGAACAGCUCGAAAACGAAGGCACUCAUACUACGGAGAGUGCUUGGACAAUGGGAAAACUAUGCCCUCAAAUAUCAUUUCUAGAUCAGCAAUUGAAACAGAUGAACGAGCCGCAAGACGGCAUGAAAGAAAUAUUCAAUGGAAACAAAGACAGCUCUCUCAUCAAGAUUGCAAUUAUCACAGGCACUAGGAGAGCCCUGAGUUACCCACUACAUAGAAACUAUGACCUGGUGAUGAAAGUGUGGACAUUUGUAUAUUAUAUUCUACGUGGUGGUAAGAGACUAGUCAUAAGGGCGUUAUUGGACAUUCAUGAAACAUUUCGUUUCCAUGAUGUGUACUACGUCUACGAUAAAGUUCUCUUGGAUGACCUAAUCGCGUGGUUCAUUUCUCAGGGUAGUGAGAAUGUCAUAAGAAGCCUUGCCAUGGAGAUGAGGAAAGAGCAAGAGUCAAUCUCUAAGCGCGAUAUCGAAUUUGAAUGUAUUGCCUCGUUCAACGAACAAACUGCCGAACCAGAGUGGGAGACACUAAAUCUAAGAGAGAUGGAAAUUUUGGCAGAGUCGGAAUACCGAGAACAACAGCAAAACCAACAUUGA